AUGUCUGAAUCGGAUUCAACAAAUGAUCGAACACGUGACGGUCAAAAUAAGUUAGUCAAGAAACAAGAUUCAUUUCAAGAAAUACGAAGUUUAUCAUUCAACAAAAAGUCAUUUCAAACAAGAUAAUUAUACAAAUAUGGAUGAAUAAACUAAAGUAUAUUGACUUGUGAAGUGUUCACUAAAAUGAGGAUGAUUGUGUAGCAUUAAAAUAAUUAUUCUAUUCAAAUUUGAUUUUGUCUGAGACAUUCAAAACUGAAUGAAAUUCUAAUUUUAAUUCUCAAAAUAUAUAUCUAUUGUAAUCUAUGCUGGUGGGUGUGAGUGUGGGCGUGUGUGGAUGUGGGUGUGGAUGGAUGGGUGCAGGUGUGGGUGUGGGUGGGUGUGGCGAGUGUGGGUGGGUGUGGCGAGUGUGGGUGGGUGUAGGUUUGAUUCUUGUCUUCAUGUAUAUCAACAGCCACACCCGCACCCU